AUGCCAUUCUUUUGGAGAACAGAUGCUGUUCUAGCUACCCGAAGCUGGGCAUUAAUUGUCUGUGCUAUAGAAUGUGCUUUUGGUCUAAUUUGUCUGUUGGUUUUAUUUAUUUUUGCUAUAUUUAGAAGUAAUUCUCAAUUAUUACGUAUUCAAUUAAUAUUUCAAUAUGUUACUUGUGUUUUUCUACUUUUAAAUGCUUCUUUUAGUUUAGCUGCUGAUUUUGGUGGUUAUGAUGAGGAAAGAAUUUAUGCAAAAAGAGACCCUCUUCUAAUUCGCUUUUUGGGAUUUCUUUCACUUGGAUUUUUGUUUGUCCAACUUUAUUUACGUUUAAUGACAAUACCCGUAUAUAAAUUUUUGAGAGAUUUAAGAAAGUUUCGUUAUGCAAUUUAUGCAUCAAAGUGGAGGUAUCGAAAACGUGUUUAUUUUACUUAUUGUUCUCUAAUGAUGGAUAAUUUACUUGCCGAAAGUAAAAAACAGAAAAAGAAAAAGGUAGAAUUAAAAAAAAUCAGAUUAGGCUAG